AAGAGCGCGUCCAUAUUGAAAAGAAAAUUUCCGAGGUGAAGGAAAGUUCGGCAAGUACAUCGAGCGAUCCAAAGCGAACGAGAAGAACGAAAAAGAAGCAUCGGCAGUUAAGCGACCCAAGUUCCAAAAAUGACUACCGCCUUAAAGCGAAGCUCCGCAAAAAAAGACUCUCCGUAGAAAAUCGGAAAGAAUCCGCCGAUAAUUUCGGAUCGGAAGGAAUCCACGUGGAUCCUUACAUUCUCCCUUCCUCGGAGAGCCCUGCAAGUUUCUUGGAUUCCUCUUUUCCGUCCGAAGAUCUGUUUUCGUCCGACCAAGACAACGAGCGAGUGUUCGAGCACACAAUCGACAUUGACAAAGCUCUGUCCAUUUCCAAAUUCAACAGCAAGGAACCUCCGUCCGAUCGCGAGACCGAGGAAAAAGACUCAGGGUUAAAUUCGGUCGGUUUCGAACACUUUGAGCCGUUUCUGCAAAGGGCUUCGGACAAAGAAGGUAACCCCGAAGACAAAAGGAAAAAGGUACUCCUCGAAUCCGGGAAACUUUCGGGGGACAAUUCCGGCGCAACGAAGACUGCUAGAAGAGGCAGACGAAGACGUCGAAAACGCAUCGGGCCAAGACCAAAAAAUUCCUUUCUUGCCCAAGAUAGACUCCGGAAGGAAAGAAUCGAGAGGGAUCGCAAAGAACGGGGAAGUUACAGCGAUUUGUCCAUUGAGAAUCAUCCGCAAGAUCGCUCGGUAGUUAGGUACAUCAGAAGUGGCGGUAAAGCCGUCGACGAAAGGAUUCAAAGUCCUGUGAGUGAGCGACCACCUCGAAAACGCGGCCGACCCAAUAAAAGUGCUUAUCAGUCGAUAAAUGAGAUAUCCAACGAAUGUAAUGGACCUAGGUCGGUUUUAAGAAAGAGUGGACAUCGUCGAAGACGUAAGACCUUGGCCAUUUUCGACGGAACUUGUAAGGAGGAUAAAUCGACGAAUAAUGAAAUCCAAGGAACCCCUAAGGAGGUUAGUGAUAUCAGGAGAGUUACAAGGGGCCUAAAAAAGACUAUGGAACAAUUCGGGGAGGAAAAGAGCAUUCAUAUUGGCAAACUUGUUUGGGGUUGCUGCAAUGGAUGGUGGCCUGCUUUGAUUGUCGAUGCCGAAGAAGUGGGUAUGGAUUCGAAGCCAGGAAAGGUAUGGCUGUAUUGGAUCGGUGAGUCAAGGAUUUCGCAGCUCCGUGAAAAAAAACACGUCGAACCUUUUUCGUGUGAUCUUAAAGCUCGCCUCAUCAAUCAGUUGCAGGAAAAAACUGCAACGAAAACGAAGACUAUGGCUUUUAUUGCCACACUUAAGCUGUUGUCUAAGAAGUUACAUUGCGUUUUAACGAAACCUUAUUACAUCUGGGCGCGGACCAAUUUAUUGCGAAGAGAUGAUCUGGAUGACUUGAAAUUCCAUCCUUACCCGUCUAGAAUACAAAGAAGACUCGAUGAGCUGAAGGAAUUAAACACAGUUGAGACAACUGAUGAUGAUAUUCUGGAAGAGAAAGAUCCAUCAAAGCUGUCAAACAAGAAUUUCGAAGGAAAGAACGAGAAAGAAACUCUGGAACCAGGUCAUUUGUCAUUGUUGCAACAAAAACCUGGUACUAUUGCCUGGGCGAAAAUACUAGGAUACAAUUGGUGGCCAGCUAUGAUUGUUGAUUACCGUGAUUGCGGUUUUCAAGAGCCUAGUUUCGGUUGUCAAUGGAUUAUAUGGUACGGUGAUUCAAUGUUAUCUCAGGUCAAUCACAAAUAUUUCUUGGAAUUCGAAACUGGAAUGCUCAAAAUGCGGGAAUAUACCCUGCAGACGAAACGAAUCAACUACGUCACUUCCGUUCUCGACGCUGCGAAGGAUUACUGCGAACGUCGAGGAGUUGAAACUGAUGGAUGGACUGUACAGGACGUGUUCAAAUGGUUUGCGAAAUCUCGAAAUACCAAUCUCGAGAUUACUCCUGUUGUACCAGGUGUUGAGGAUGAGUACUUGAAGUACUCUACUAGAGUGAUAAACAAACUUAGAGAAUUAAAAGGGAUUCGAAAAGUUGCCGUUGCAAGAGAGCAGGACAUAGAGGACAGCAGUGCGUUACAGUCAGUUAUCAAUGGAACUAAUAAGUUGGAAAGUUUAUGUCUCGUGUGUUUAAAAAUUUAUAAGGAAGAUAUGUUUGAACAUCCAUUCUUCGUUGGAUCGAUGUGCGCUGAAUGCUUGGAACUAUACAAACCCUGCAUUUUUUCAUAUGGCGACGAUGGCAAAUGUUUUUACUGUACACUUUGCGCUGGUGCCGAUACCAUAGCUAUGUGUGAUAGUUACGAUUGCUCUCGGGUCUAUUGUACGGCCUGUUUGAAAUACAUUAUUUGUCCGCAAAAAUACAUCUACGUCCUCCAGAAAGAUCCUUGGCGAUGCUUCUUUUGCGAGGAACAACCCGGAUUACUUGAAAAAGGACUAGUACAACCAAGGGCCGACUGGAAGCACAGGAUUAAAAAAAUGUUUCAACCUAAUAAUUCCUCCGAUUAUGAAAAAGUUCCCGAAUAUGACGAGGUUAAACGAAAGAUUCGCGUAUUAUCACUUUUUGAUGGCUUAAGCACAGGAUUUCUGGUACUAAAAAAGCUUGGACUUGAAAUCGAAGUUUACUAUGCGAGCGAAAUUGAUCCAAAUGCAGAAAUGGUAAGCGCCGCUCAUUUCGGCGAACAGAUCAUUCGUUUGGGAGAUGUUAAAGGCAUAUCGGAAGAAGUAAUCAAUCGAAUAGCACCGAUUGAUUUACUGAUAGGCGGUUCGCCCUGUAACGAUUUAAGCCUAGCCAAUCCUUACAGACUUGGGCUGGAAGAUCCAAAUGGCUCGGGUAUCCUUUUCUUUGAAUAUUGUCGAAUUAAAGACCUAUUGAUUAAAGCAAAUAAUGACCGACAUCUUUUCUGGAUGUUCGAAAAUGUCGCCUCCAUGCCGAGCAAAUUCAGAAUAGGAAUCAACAAACAUUUAGGAAGAGAGCCAGAUUUGAUCGAUGCUGCAGAUUUUUCUCCGCAGCAUAGACCCAGACUCUAUUGGAGCAAUUUACCAAUGGGCGCACAUUCAAUUUCUUCCCAGGAUCUGCAAGAUGUAUUAACGCCGAAUUGCAAUCGUCUAGCCCUCGUGAAAAAGAUACAGACCGUUACUACGAAAGUUAAUUCCCUUAGGCAAGGCAAAGCAUUACUGAAACCUGUUCUAAUGAAUGGCGAUCGAGAUUCCUUAUGGAUUACAGAAUUAGAACAAGUCUUCGGCUUUCCUCAACAUUAUACAGAUGUGAAAAAUUUAUGCGCAACAAACAGGCAAAAAUUGAUCGGCAAGUCUUGGAGCGUACAAACGAUUACUGCUAUACUAAGACCUUUACGUUAUUUCUUCAUUAUUAACAAUGAGAUCGAGUCAUGAAUAUUAUAUUUUAAAUAUUCUGAUAUGCAUUCAAACGUGUGCACAAUGACAACACAUAUUAGUGGUAAACAAGCAACUAACUUUCGUUAAGUAGACGUCAGAAUCAUAUGAAAGUUGUUACCGUGUUAUAGUAUCAUCAAAUUUUAAUGACUUUUUAUUAUAUUUUAUAUUUUAUCCCUUUACAUAUGAUAAUUUUAACUUGUUUCGAAAGAAAACAAUCUAUAAUUGUUAUUUUUGUACGUUUGCAUGGCAAAAAUAGUCACUAAAGCAAUUAAAAAUAGUGCAAAUACAAAGCCACGCGUGAUAGUUCGUUAAGUAUGGCCGAUAAGUUUAGGAGUUGUGAAUUAUUUUCUAUUAAUAUUCCAAAGUAAAUAUUACAUUUUAUUGCAAACCGCAAGAAAUCAACAAAACUAUGUGAAUUUAAUUUGCAUUAUCAGUUAGAAGUAUUUCGGUAACAAUGAUUGUUUACUUUACUAUCUUCUCUUAAUAAUAUAAAAAGUGAGGCAGUAAA